AUAAGAGCAUGCUGAGCGACGAGUAUUACUUAGAAAAACACAUACAAUUUAUCGUUAUAAAACACCUUUAGGCUAGAUAAUUUAUCGUAGGUAUAGGUACUUAUGAAAAUGACUGAAAAUAUUUCCAGUUUUAAAUUUAAGCUCAUUUUUUUUGAUUCAGUGUUACUCGAGUUACGUAAAACUUUUAUUAAUUUGAAACAUGCUUGAAAAAGUAAUAGUUACUGUGAAGGAAGGAAAAGUACAAGGAUUCAAAACAAAAACUGCGUAUUCUGGAGCAGAAUUUUAUUCCUUUCUGGGAAUACCUUAUGGGCAACCAACUGGAGGGGCAGCUCGAUACAAGGAUCCAGUGAAAGUAAAACCGUGGAAUCACAUCUUGGACGCGACAGUUGAAAGAAAUGGUUGUCUUCAAUUUUCGCUUAGGCAAAAAGAUAUCGUUGGCUCAGAAAAUUGCUUGUAUAAUAAUAUUUAUACACCAAAGCUUCCAUCAAAAGGUGAACCUUUGAAAGCAGUUAUUGCAAAUGUACACCCAGGAGGAUAUUUUCAUGGUUCACCAGAUCCUUCAUACUAUGGAAGUCCAGAUUAUAUUAUGCAUAAAGAUGUGGUAUAUGUCUGCAUAGGACACAGACUGCACUUUUUAGGAAAUUUGAACUUGCAUAUGAAAGGCUGUUCGGGAAGUCAGUGUUUGAAAGACCUUACAUUGAGCUUGCAAUGGAUUAAAGAAAAUAUUAGCGCUUUUGGAGGUGAUCCCGAUAAUGUAACUUUGAUGGGCAGUAGCAGUGGUUCUUCAUUAGUGCACUUUUUACUAUUGUCACCUUUAGCUAAGGGUUUAUACCACAGAGCAAUCCUCAUGGGUUUAUAUGUUUUUUGUCCAUUACUUAAUUUUCCAAUGGACCAUGUGGCAAUAGCAUACGACGUUGCAAAGAUGAUCCAUUACGAUGGGAAACCAGAUGACCAUAAAAAACUGCUGACUUUUUACAAGAAUGUCGAGUUCACCAGAUUAUUCGUUACAAGACCCGAACACUUUUUCAGUAAAACCACAUUACAAGUUUAUCCAUGUUCACCACUCAUACCAACUCCUGAACCUGGUGAAAAUUCCCCUUUACAAGUACCAGUUAGGGAGCUUAUCCCUUCAAUGAAUCGGGUUCCAAUAAUGAUAGGAUUUUGUGAACGAGAAGGUUGCAUGGCCCUUGCAUUGCUUCGAAAUUUCAAAAGAUCCAUAAAUGAUUGUUUCCCUAAAGCACUUGGUCAAAAUGAUUUUGGAUGGGGAGCUUCCUUGAACGACGAUGAAUUGAAACAAAUAAAAAAAGAAGUGGAAAAUUUUUAUUUGGCCGGAGAAUCAAUAGCGACAGCUUCACAGCCAACUUUAUGUGAUAUUAUAACAGAUGCUGGUCUAUCUGAGGCUUAUGAUUCAUUGAUAAAUGUAGUCUCAGCGGAUCCUACCUCACCAGUAUAUGUGUAUAAUUUUCACUAUGAUGGUAAAUUAUGUAUGAUGAAAGCACAAACGGAAAGACUAUUAGAAAAACCAUUGAAAGGUGCCUUUCACGGAGCCGACUACAGCUAUUGGAAUUAUGCGGAAGAAACUGCUGGUAAAACUAUGGCCAACAUUCAACCAAAAGAUCGCCAAACAAUAGACACAUUUACAAGUCUUGUGACCACAUUUGCUAAAACUGACAAUCCCAAUUAUGAAGGAAUGGAGGUCAAAUGGGAACCUACGACUCCUGAGAAUCCAAGUCAUUUGAUUAUCGACGAGACUUUACGAACUCAAGAAGGACUGCUGAAUGGUGAACGAAUGGAAUUUUGGCACAAAUUGAAAGACAAAUUUGGAAAAAAAUGCUAAAAGUUUGAAUAAAAUCGCAGAAGUACUGUGACGAUAGGGGAUGCGCCCACAGCUUCCACCUAAAGGGAAGAUGUGUUCCUGCGGAGUGGCUGCACUGCUUAAGUAGUGCACUCUGUCGGUUUAGUUCGAGUAUAGCCACUCCGCCAUUAGAGACGUUACAAACGUUAAGUAUUUUUUCACUGGUGUUCCGGUACGGAUGCAUUUCAGAGCUUCCACUUGCAAUCGUCAUUGCAAGUGUCUUUUUAUAAUGAUUAGUGUGUCUUUUUGUAAUAUAUCGAUUCGGUUUUAUAUCAGAGAUUUAUACAAUAAAGCUGAACACUUUCA